AUGCCUCACAAACACAAACGCAGGCAUAAUGACGAAAGGUCCAACAACAGCGCCUACGACCUCCCCCCAACCUUAAUCGCCAAAUCCCUCCCCGCGCGAGACCCGUCAAAACCUACAGGCAAAGGCAAAGGUAAAGAGAAGGGAAAGCCGAACGCAAACCAGAAAUCUCAGUCGAAAGAUGGAAAAGUGUCCGCUAGGAAACAAAAAGCGGCUAUUGCUGCAACGUCGAGAGGCAAAUCUGCCUUGGAUGAUGAUACACCACGCGCAUUUCGGCAAUUGUUGCAGUUUCAGGAGAGGAGACAAAUUCAAAAUAAUAAGAAGCGGAGGCGCGAUGAAAAUAGCAGUGAUGACAGCGACAACGACAGCGACAAGGGUACCGCCCCUGUCCCAGGCAAACCCAAGAACAAAAAGAAAACAAAGCAAUCAACCACAACAUCGACAGAGCCUGAAGAGUUAGAAAGGAAGACGGCUUCAAAAAACGCACCUAAAAUCCUCCCCGGCGAGAAACUCUCCGACUUUGCCGCCCGCGUGGAUCGCGAAAUGCCUCUUUCUGACAUGAAGCGCUCCAACCAACCAGCAACCCUUAAGGACCUUCCUAAGAUUCGAGAGACGCGUACAACAAAGCACGAGAAGCGUCUGAAACGGCUACAAGCCCAAUGGCGUGAAGACGAGGCUCGAAUUAAGGAGCGCGAGGCGGCGGAGCGAGAGGAAAGAGAGGAAGAGAUGGAGGAACAGUUGCAGCUUUGGAAAGAAUGGGAGGCUGAAGCUGGGAAGAAAAAGAAGAAGAAAGGCGCUGCUGCUGAUGAUGAUGGCCCUGAUCCGUGGGCGAAGUUGAAGAAGAAAAGAGCGGCUGUGAAUCCAUUUGAGGUUGCGCAGGAGCCUCCCCAGCUGAAGAAGCCGAGAGAGGUGUUUAAAGUGCGCGGCGGCGCGAAAGUGGACGUUGCCAAUGUGCCUUCUUCUGUGGGGAGUUUGAGGAGGCGUGAGGAGCUUGCGAGUGAGAGGAGGAAUAUUGUUGAGGAGUAUCGGCGCCUGAUGGCAGAGAAGAGGGGGGCAUAA